AUGGGAGAUCUUUUAGCUUUUCAGUACCAGUAUCCCUACUCGAUGACCUCACUUCUAACGAAUACUGUGCUCUGGCAGGAGGGCGAGGAGAGAUUGCACCACUUGCUUCGAGUCCCUCAUGGCGACAACCCGACUGCCCCGUACCUGAGCCCGACAGCUGCAUCUCUUGUUCAACAAUCACCGCUGCUUGCCCUGGGUACAUUAGAUUCCCAAGGCCGGCCAUGGUCAACGAUAUGGGGCGGCACAGUGGGCUUUGCAACGCCAGUUGCCUACUCGCUAAUCGAAGUGGACAGCAAAUAUGACCCCGUUGUGCAGGCACUAUUGACCGGUAAUCAAACUGAUACAUACACAGGAAAGAUGAUUUCCGGACUGGCAGUCGACUUGGAGAAUCGCCGGAGACUGAAGCUGUAUGGCAGAAUGGUGAAGGGCUCACUUUCUGAUGGAGACGCAGGCCAGGCACAAUUGGUUGUCACAUUGAAGAGAGCCUUGCGAACUGCCCGAAAUACUUGA